AUGGCACAUGGUCAGGAGGAUUGCGCUUCAGUGCUGGAGCAGUUUGUCCACGAUGUCGCCAACCUCCCCGCGGAAAUAAAUCAUCUGAUGGAAGAAAUACAAGCGAAAGACAAGAUCAUUCAAGAUUGUCGCGCCGUCAUCAAUUCGAAAGAUGCUAGUAUCCAAAAGUUUAUCAAGCUCAACGGCAGUUUAACGCCGAAUCCAAAGGAAGAGCAGUAUUCAAAGACCAUAUUACAAAGCUUAGAUCGGUCUCAACAGCUACAAGACGAGAAGAUACACCUGAGCGAAAAGGCGUGUAUUUUGUUGGACAGGCAGAUCAAGAAGCUAGACGUCAAGAUCCGUGACCUACAAAGCGACGGCGUACUCUCAAACGACCCUCCGAUUCCCUCCCUCUUCAACAAUAAAGACCAAUAUCGCGAUCCUCCAAGAAUAUUUUUCCCCGACUCCUCCACCGAAGCCGCCUCAUACUCAUCCCCUUUGGCCGCAUCUUCAGGCAACGCGAACCCUCUGAGUGCUGGCCAGAGGCUAAACCUCUCGCUCAACCGAUUCAAUUCAGCAUCCGCUUUAGCUUCACAAAAUACCGCACGAAGUUCUGCUCCGGCAACCCCUGCCUCCGCCGCCGCACACUUUCAACAGCGGCAACGUGAAUCAUCAGCCGGUGCCGUGGAGAAUAAGCGGCGGCGAUUGAACGCUUCACUAGGGACACUCCCUGCAGCAUCUUCGAAUCUCCGACAGUCAUCAUUAGGCCCAGGCACGCCCAAAGCCGGAACACCAGGAUCUAGCCGCGCCGGAAGCGCAGGUCCACGCUCAACAGGAACAAUUAAAAAAGCCCUAACGAAGAAACUCGCGCCGCAUCAACAGCUCAAGAAACUCAAGUCCCUAAACGGAAAGCCAACCAAGCGCUCGUCCAGCGCAAGCCGCCUCAAGCAAGGAUCACAAAAGAAAUCUCCGUCCGCUACAGGUGGCGACGAUGAAGACGACGAUUCCAUGCUCAGCAGCGCCGACGUCUCCGAUUCUGAGAACAACAGUGAACGCCGCGGGGAUGAAGACAUGGAUGAUGAUGACGAAGAUGAGGGAAACGAGGAUACCAGGGUUUAUUGCACGUGCCGUACUGUCAGCCACGGCGAUAUGGUUGCUUGCGAUAAUGAGAACUGCAAGUUUGAAUGGUUUCACUGGAAGUGUGUUGGAUUGACAAGGGAGCCAGUAGGGAAGUGGUACUGCCCCGACUGUUUAGCUGCAAAGGCUGCCGAAUAA